GCUCAGGCUCCCAUUCGGUGUCAAUUCUGGUUCGGUUUGAAUACUUUGUUUGGGUCCAGACAAGACCGGACAGCAUUGGACGUAAAAUUGUUUAUUGGUAAACGAACACCGGACAUUUUUUUCGUUCUCACUUGUCGAGCCCCGGAUUCCGGUAACGAAGCGAAAGUUGUGCGAGAUGAGUGUGGAGGCGUACGGGCCGAGCUCCCAGACCCUCACCUUCCUGGACACCGAGGAAGCGGAGCUGCUCGGAGCAGACACCCAGGGGUCGGAGUACGAAUUCACCGAUUUUACCCUGCCGAGCCAGACCCAGACUCAAGGCCAAACCCAGAGUCAGCUAGACAGCCAGGUGAAUGGCCCUGAUGAGGGACUUCAUAAUGGAGGAGUAGAUGACUCUGUGGCCAAGGCCAGUCAACUGCUAGCAGAACUUAACUUCGAAGAAGAUGAAGAAGACACCUAUUAUACCAAAGAUCUGCCUCUGCAUGCAUGCAGCUACUGUGGAAUCCAUGACCCAGCCUGUGUGGUGUACUGCAACACCAGCAAGAAGUGGUUUUGCAAUGGACGUGGAAACACAUCUGGCAGCCACAUUGUGAACCACCUGGUGAGGGCCAAAUGCAAAGAGGUGACGCUGCACAAGGACGGACCGCUGGGUGAGACUGUAUUGGAGUGCUACAACUGUGGCUGCCGCAAUGUCUUCCUGCUGGGCUUCAUCCCUGCCAAGGCUGACUCCGUGGUGGUGUUGCUCUGCAGGCAGCCGUGUGCCAGCCAGAGCAGCCUGAAGGACAUCAACUGGGACAGUUCCCAAUGGCAGCCACUGAUCCAGGACCGCUGCUUCCUUUCCUGGCUGGUGAAAAUCCCCUCGGAGCAGGAACAACUCCGUGCCCGCCAGAUCACUGCUCAGCAAAUCAACAAGCUCGAAGAGCUCUGGAAGGAUAACCCCAGCGCCACUUUGGAAGAUCUGGAGAAGCCCGGUGUGGACGAGGAACCGCAACACGUACUGUUGCGCUAUGAGGACGCCUACCAGUACCAGAAUAUCUUCGGCCCACUGGUCAAACUGGAGGCAGACUAUGACAAGAAGCUUAAAGAGUCCCAGACCCAGGACAAUAUAACAGUCAGGUGGGACCUUGGGCUGAAUAAAAAACGGAUUGCUUAUUUCACUCUGCCCAAGACGGACUCAGGUGAUAUGCGGCUAAUGCAAGGUGAUGAGAUCUGUCUGCGCUACAAGGGGGACCUGGCCCCUCUGUGGAAAGGCAUCGGUCACGUCAUCAAAGUGCCUGACAACUAUGGAGAUGAGAUUGCCAUUGAGUUGCGCAGUAGCGUGGGAGCGCCUGUAGAGAUCCCCCACAACUUCCAAGUGGAUUUUGUGUGGAAGUCAACUUCCUUUGACAGGAUGCAGAGUGCCCUAAAGACUUUUGCAGUUGAUGAGACCUCGGUCUCAGGCUACAUCUAUCACAAGCUGCUGGGCCAUGAGGUGGAGGAUGUGGUCAUCAAGUGCCAGCUGCCCAAGCGCUUUACAGCUCAGGGCCUGCCUGACCUCAACCACUCUCAGGUGUACGCUGUGAAGACAGUGCUCCAGAGGCCCCUCAGUCUGAUCCAGGGUCCUCCUGGCACAGGGAAGACUGUCACCUCUGCUACCAUUGUCUACCAUCUGGCCCGACAGGGCAAUGGGCCUGUUUUGGUGUGUGCUCCCAGUAACAUUGCUGUAGACCAGCUGACAGAGAAGAUCCACCAGACGGGACUUAAGGUGGUAAGGCUGUGUGCCAAGAGCAGGGAAGCUAUCGACUCACCUGUCUCUUUCCUGGCCCUGCACAACCAGAUCAGCAACAUGGACAGCAUGCCAGAGCUCCAGAAAUUGCAGCAGCUGAAGGAUGAGACAGGAGAGCUGUCGUCUGCUGAUGAGAAGCGUUAUCGGGCUCUGAAGCGCACCGCAGAGAGGGAACUUCUCAUGAAUGCUGAUGUCAUUUGUUGUACUUGCGUUGGGGCCGGUGACCCCCGCCUGGCCAAGAUGCAGUUUCGUUCCAUCUUGAUUGAUGAGAGCACACAAGCCACAGAACCAGAGUGCAUGGUGCCCGUGGUGCUGGGAGCCAAGCAGCUCAUUCUGGUGGGCGACCACUGCCAGCUGGGUCCUGUGGUGAUGUGCAAGAAGGCAGCCAAGGCGGGUCUGUCUCAGUCUCUUUUUGAGCGCCUGGUGGUUCUGGGCAUCCGGCCCAUCCGUCUGCAGGUCCAGUACCGUAUGCACCCGGCGCUCAGUGCAUUCCCCUCCAACAUCUUCUAUGAGGGCUCCCUGCAGAACGGGGUUACUGCUGCCGACCGCAUUAAGAAAGGCUUUGACUUCCAGUGGCCCCAGCCAGACAAACCCAUGUUUUUUUACGUGACCCAGGGGCAGGAGGAGAUCGCAAGUUCUGGAACCUCCUACCUCAACAGGACGGAAGCAGCCAAUGUGGAGAAGAUCACCACUAGGCUGCUGAAGGCUGGGGCCAAGCCUGACCAGAUUGGCAUCAUUACCCCCUAUGAGGGACAGCGCUCCUACCUGGUCCAGUAUAUGCAGUUCAGUGGCUCUCUGCACACCAAACUCUACCAGGAAGUGGAGAUAGCCAGUGUGGACGCCUUCCAAGGCAGGGAGAAGGACUUUAUCAUCCUGUCCUGCGUCCGUGCCAAUGAACAUCAAGGCAUUGGCUUCCUUAAUGACCCACGCCGGCUCAACGUGGCCCUGACCAGAGCCAAGUAUGGUGUGAUAAUUGUGGGAAACCCUAAGGCCCUGUCCAAGCAGCCCCUGUGGAACCACCUGCUGAACUACUACAAGGAACAGAAGGUCCUGGUGGAGGGGCCCCUCAACAACCUGAGGGAGAGCCUCAUGCAGUUCAGUAAGCCUCGCAAGCUGGUCAACACCAUCAACCCCGGUGGACGGUUCAUGAGCACGGCCAUGUAUGAUGCCCGCGAGGCCCUCAUCCCUGGCUCCGCCUAUGACCGCAGCAAUGCAGCUGGACGCCCGUCCAACAUGUAUUUCCAGACACACGACCAGAUUGGGAUGAUUGGUGCAGGGCCGGGCCACAUGACUGCCAUGAACAUCCCCAUACCGUUCAAUUUGGUGAUGCCGCCAAUGCCUCCACCGGGUUAUCUAGGCCAGACCAAUGGCCCUGCUGCAGGCCGUGGUGCUAUGAAGGGCAAGCCUGGUCGUGGUGGGCGACAGAGGACCCGUGGGUUGGGCAACCAGGGUGCCAGCCAGGGCAAUGGACCCAACAGCCAGGCCAGCCAAGACGGAGCUUCCCAGCCUUUCUCACAGGGCCCGCUGACCCAGGGCUAUAUUUCUAUGAGUCAGCCUUCUCAGAUGAGCCAACCUGGCCUCUCUCAGCCAGAGCUAUCCCAGGAUAGUUACCUGGGCGAUGAGUUCAAGUCCCAGAUGGACGUGGCUCUGUCUCAGGACUCAACUUACCAGGGUGAACGUGCGUACCAACAUGGAGGGGUGACUGGUCUGUCACAGUACUAGACCGUUGCUGGAAGAAGGGAGCUAGGCUUGAGCUGAGCUUAGUUCAUCAGUAUUUUAAUCUGGGUAAUGAUAAAAACAUAAAAUGGAUACCUGUUUUCCUCUGCUACAACCGAAGCACCACCCUGUGAAAGCGACGGGAGAGCGAAACCAAACCAAUCACGAGCGAGAAAAAAGGCGACGAGAGUACGAACAGACGGGCAGGGAGACAGCGAGAGAUGGAGUGAGAGACCGAGCGAGCAAGCAAGAGGGGACCACUGCCCGUCGGUGGGGAUAAGGUGACAAAGGAAGGCAAGAAAACGGUGGCGUGUGGUCGAGCUGCCAGGGGAAAUCAAGACGGGAGACCUCAGCUGUCUCCCGUUGGGAAACCAAACGAGGCCCAACAAAAUGACACCACCAGCCCCUCUCCACACCUCCACCUCUGCUCCCCAACCUCCCCCCCUAGCCUCUGGGGAUAUAGUUUCUCUGGACAGGGAAUGGAGGAGCAAGCGCUCAUACCUGAAUUUUGUUGAGCUAAUUCUGUAAGCCUGUUGUGGGAGUGAAAAUGGAAAGCCAUUGAACAUACGAUACCCAAAAAAACAAACAAAACAAAAUCCAAAAACCUCACCCUUAAAGUGGAUUGAUUCGUCAACCCAUUUGAUGCCUUGGACUCGUUUAGAUUCGGUUCAACGUGGGAGAGGGGCGGAGGCCAUGAGGUCCUGGCCGCUUAAGACCCCAGCAGCAGACACACCCUCUUGUCAGAAGUUCAACUCUCAAAAGUUGGAGGAAAUAAAAACCGGUUUCUGCACUUAUGUCUGAUUUUAAAGAGCUUUGAUUGAAAUGCCUUUGACUUUCCUUGGGAACCGCUGGCUCAUUCAACAGGUCUUUAACAGGAAACGGGAUGGUUUUGACCACACGUCAAUGGUGGAGUGGCACGGGGAUUUCAGAUGGAACGUUUCUCAAGGUGUGACACGCGGAUCAUGACAGGAUGGAUCCCGCGAUCAUCACAAGACGAUUUUCCUCUGAAGUACGUUAUCGCGGAGCACAAAAAGCAAAAAAAAACAAACAAAAAAAAACAUAUAAACGAUCAAACAUGACCAGCAUUGAAUAUUUGACUCAAUGUCUUUAAGUUUCUGCAAAGGCUUUAUUUUUAAAGAUGGAAGUGAUGAGCUAUGGCCUGCUGUACUUACUGGCCAAAGGAUUCUCGGAUGUCUUUAAAUGCGUUGUGGGUUUAGAUUGGCGACUGUUUAAGAGGAAGGCUUUGCUUAGCUUAUUUCCCAUUUGGAUUCUGGAACUUGUCCACAUAACAAAUCCGUUUUAAACUGAAGGAAAGCAAAAACACUGAGGAGAUCAAUAGGUGUCCUAUGCACAUCUUGGUGUCAUUAGCAAGAGGUUGGCACAGCCAGCCCCCACCUCAGGCUCAGAGAAAAGGAAGGUGGCUAAGGAAAGAGGAAUAUUGGGGCCCACCAUGCAGCUCUGAAAAAGUCGGGGGGGGGGGGGGGAAUCAGCGUCCAGUUUUGAUUUAUUUCCAGAUCUGUCUGAAAUUUUACAAAAGAGGACUGCUGUCCUGGUUCUUGUGCACUACACAUUUCCUGUGGUUACAACAAAGUGUCAUUUAACACACUGCAGUUUUGUAUUGCUGUCGCUCUUGUUCAGCUAGAGCUUGACAUGACCUGGUGACAAUCAUACAUCAUUUUGAAGGCCAACAAAAAUGAUAAAUCUAGUCAAAUUAAGGUCUGGGGGAAAAGUCUGAAACUGGGAAUUGUUAAAUGAUUAAGAACCUUGAAAAAAUGCAGCAAUGUUCAAAUACUGCGUUUGACCUAAAAACUGCCUGACUCGGAGAGGAACAUUUUGGAGUCCUCUGGAUUAUUCCUGAUAUUUGACUAUUGUAUUUUACAUACAUUUGCUUUUAAAAUGUUUGCUAUCUAUACUGUAUAUACAGUUACACACAGUGAAAAUGCCAUCAGUACUAUUAGGGUGAUGGUCAGGAAUUCAUCUGAAACUAAGGAUAAAUGAUUAUUAAAAUCAGUGCCUCAAACAACCUUCAGAUAGAUGGGAUGCAGCACAAGCAUGAAUGUAGGUGAGACUAACAUAUACCAGCACAUACAAACCUCCCAGACGUCAGAGGGCUAUAAAAAGACCGCUAAACUUAACAUAUUUUAUGUGUUUUAUAUAGGAUAGGCCUGGCAAUACUUAAGAUUAGCUGUUAGAGAGAUGAUGUAAGCCACCUUCCUUCUCUGAGGAGUAAACUUCAAACCCAGGCUUGCAGAGCCGCUUUUCCUGUUGUGGACUUUAGUGCGUGACUUUCCAUGACUUUGGCCCUCUGUUAUUGAUUCCCUUAUAGAAGACUUAUGUUCUUUGUGGAUAUGAAUCCCUCUGAGUUGUUUGAGAAGUAGGUGACCCAGGUAAUUGAAACGCAGCCCAAAGUUUCUCCUAAUUUCGCUUUCUUUGAUGAUUUGCUUGUGUGUCACGUAUAGUGGCAGACAUGGAUGUUUAAAAAGAAAAGCCACUUUUUGUAGUUUUACUUUUUAACUGUUUUUGUAGUAAUUCAAUGAGAGCAAGAUGUAAGCCAUUUACUUUUUGUCUCUUCACUAUCAAACUGUCAGAGGGAUUGUAGUUUUGUGACGUGAGACUGAGACUGUCUUUUGGGAUUGUUUUUUUUUUUUUUUUUUAUCAAUUCAAGAAUGUAUUACAUUGCAGUUUGUUGUCUGCUUCUCUAGUUUUCCUAGCACAUGUCCAUCCCCUGCUUCACUUCAGACAACUCAACAUGUGACAAUCGUGUUAGGUACAUUUUUUUUCACGGUUGAACUGGGUCUUGCAAAAUUUGGACGCUGUGCAUUCUUCACCAAUCUGUGUUUCAUUAGCUGUGCAAUGAAUUAGUUUCACAUAAAUCUGUUCCAAUGGACUUAUAUUAGCUUUAAAAAAAUGCUAUUUCAUAUACUCCUCUGGCCUGCUUUAUCUUCUGAGCCAGAGUGACAACUUGCAGCCUCUGCUGUGAUCAUUAACGCCAUAAAUAUGUUAAACCUUAUUUGCCCUGGGUUCAUCAAAUCAUAAUUGCUAAAAUUGAUGGGCAGUUAAAAAUUAGCAGACUGGACAUCUCAUUGAUGUAAAUAAACAUGAAAUGUUGAGCCACAUUUGCAUCGAACAUGUUAUUUCAUUGUACAACUGAAUCCAUCAAUAAAGGAAAUUAAAAUAA